AUGGCGGCGCCCUUGCUACCCACAAAAUUCCCUUGCUGGUGCCGCGCAGUGUAUUCAUGGGGCGGUGAGACAGAUCGAGAUCUGGGAUUCAUCGAAGGCGAUCUGAUAGAAUGCCUUAACGCCGGGGAUGGCUCGUGGUGGAUGGGGAGACUGCACAGAGACAAGAGAAUGAUGGGCCUCUUUCCCUCCAAUUUUGUCACUGUUCUCGGGGACGAUUUCGUACCCAUGCGCCGUUCGGUCAGUCCCAUGCCGGACCUGCAAAAAAGCGACAGCACGAGCAAGAGUUCUUCAGCCCAACAACGAGAAAAGAAGGAGAAAGCAAAAUCGCGGAGACCAUUCAGUGGAUAUAAGAGCGCCAAAGGCCCUACAGCCCCUGCAACAGCAGUGCCCAAGCAGGCUGCUCCCUAUGACCCAAGAAAUCCUCCAUCGACAGUGCUGUGGCAGCAGAGGCCCCCGUCCAGGGCUCCUUCGAGGUCUCCGUCACCCAUGCCACAUCACGAAAUCGGAUCUUCUCCUCCACCACCUCCACCACCACAUCGCAUCAUAGGUGGUCGGGCUGCGUCCCCCGCCCCACAACCUUUCGACAUGAACGACCGCUACCAAACAUUUUCGCGCACUCCAUCUCCAGCACCGCCAUCUGACAGCGGACACACGCCGCCCAUGAUCCGACAUGCCAUGGACGAUGUAAUAUCCUCCCUUGAUGAUAUGACUCUUGUACGUCACGAUUCAAUACAGAAGGAAGCUCCGCAAGAAUUCAAUCCGUGGUCGCCGGAAGCUUUUGAUGACUUUCGUCGUCCCGAAGACCGUCCAGGUCCUAGACCGCUCACCAGCCUCGGACUAGGUGCCGGAGGAAGCACCUUUUCGGAAGCACGGAUCAACUACAGCAGUCGCCAUAAUAGCCCUGACCGCUUCCAAGACGGCCCACCCCGCCUUGAAAACUAUGUGCAAAGGAUGGAAAGCCGACUUCGUCGUAUGCAGCAAGCGCGCGAAGCCCAAGGAUCAGAUCCACUAGACAGUGAUCCGCCAGAACCUCCGCCUAAGAACUCACCGUGGGCAUCAAGGCCAAACUCAUCGAUGGCAGCUCCACAGCUGUCGGCGCGAAAGAGAAAAUCUGCUCUGGAUCUCGAGGAAGACGGUCUGUCGAGAGCAAUGACGCAGAAGACGAAUUCGACCAAUUCAAGCAACGGCACAAACUUCUCACGCAGCACAGCCAUGACAAGUCAGAGCAUCAUGAGUGGUUAUUCCGCGGGUGCGUUCAGCGCGACAAGCGCAGGCAGCCUGGCCAGAAAAAGAAUGGGCAGCAUUCGAGAACGCAUGACCCGGCCAAUGACGAGCUCGGGGAUGAGACACGGGCAAUGGUCUGAAGCAGAUAUCAGGCCGAAGACUCCAACCAGCAACACCUCCUUCCACCCAAGCCACGACUCGAGACAAGGAGCAAAGUCCGCGAUUGGCUGGGAAGAUGCGAACCGUGGUCCGACAGGCGGACUGGGAGGAUUUACCACGCCCAAGGCCAAGAAAGCAGGCUUCUUCAAGAAACUCAUCGACACUGCAAAGACCGGCGCCGCGAGUGCCAGGAGUACCAUUUCAGCAAGCCAGGCCGGCAGCAAUCCGGGGUCGCCCACGAAGUUGACAGGCAUAGCUGGCGGUAUGGCUUUCAACGCGCCCGUCGCAAGUUCCAAAGCUAACAACUCCUUCGGGAGAGAUGCUGCGAGAGAGAUGGGCUUGCUGAGCGGUGCUUCAGCAGACUAUAUUCUCACCCGCCGUGAUAUAAACCGGUCCAAUACUCCUGGCCCCUCUGAACGACAGGAACGAGCAGAUCGGUGCCAUAUGCUUGACCAGCCCGUCAUAUGUCCUGUCGAGGAACUGUACGAGAACUUGCAGGGCGACGAAGAUGCCGAUAGUCGACCCGCUUAUGAGCCAUUCCAGCUCAGCAACCCCAGUUUCAGCCAGGUCGACAAAGCAGCUCGCUUUAUCACGAGCGUACCCAGCAGCGUCACAGCGGCGACCCUCGCGACAAGCUUCAUAUGCAGGCCCUACCGAAGUGGCGUCCAGCGCCUCCGUGCCAUCUUCAUCUGGUGCGCUGAGAGGAUAAGCUGGGAAGACGACCAUGAGUUCGACAGCUACCAAUACAACCAACCGGUUGAUACCCGCAAAGUGAUCCAUACGAAGAGAGGGAGUAGUCAAGAAGUCGCAACAGUGGUGCUUGAAAUGUGCACCGCCAUUGGGAUCCAUGCGGAGAUAGUGCAGGGGUAUUUGAAGACACCAGGCGAAGACCCCGACUUGGACGCAAUCUCUCGACCGAACCAUUUCUGGAACGCUGUGCUGGUUGACAAUGAAUGGCGUAUGAUGGAUGCAAGUCUUGCCAGCCCGACAAACCCCAAACGAUCACUUUACUCCAGCGUCAGCACCAGCAUCGCGGAAGCAUGGUACUUCCUCACUCGGCCCAGCGAGUUCUGUUGGACGCAUGUUCCCGUCGACGACUCCCAGCAACAUAUGAUCCCAAACAUCAGCCCGGACGUCCUCCUCGCCUUGCCUGGCACAUGUGCGCCAUUCUUCCGACUCGGCUUAUCGAUGCAUGCCUACGACACGAGUAUCGUCCGUAUGGAGGGCCUCGAAAUGUGCACAUUCAGCGUCAAUGUGCCCGCUGACGUGGAAAUCGUGGCGGAAGUCGAAGCGCGACGAUACCUACGUGAUCAAGAUGGUGACGUCUACGAGGAUGCUGAAAACAUCACCAAGAAACGCGCCCUCACGCAGGCAAGUUGGUAUAGAACCGUGCCAAACACCGAGAUUGCGCAGAAACGGUAUGUGGUCAAAGCCGUGUUGCCGGGCGAUGAGGGCGUCGCAACACUCAAAGUCUACGCAGGCAAAAAGGGGCUCAUGCUCAGUUCGCGCGACAUCGUCCACCCACUGGCACUGGCACUGCCGCUAUACCACAGCGGUGAGAACCCGACCUAUGAUUUUGUCAUGAGGCAUCCUACUCCCCACGCGACGAGGCAGGACCUGUACGUCGUGCAACCUCAGUGCUAUCGGCUGGGCGCGGGAGAGACAUACGUCUUUUGUGUCAGACAGCAUGCCGCCUCCAUGGCGUCCACGCCCGCGACGGAGACGAACGGCUUCGAUGGCAGGCCCGUCAGUCCCAAUCCGAUGAUUCGGCCGGCCAGCGCGAUGAGCAUGACAUCCUCCGCUGCAGGAUCGAAUCCAAGCGAGCCUUCGUCCGUCAACAACGCCGCUGCCGGUGUGAAGGUCAAAGACAAACCGGCCAAACUGGCGAUACAGUCUCCAAGUGGCAAAAUCAUCCGGCUGAACCGUAAACACGAAGGCUUACCGCAGGCUAGUGGGCUGAAGGAGGUGGAUGGCGAGGUGUUGGGGAGUGUGUGGGAGACGGUUGUGAAGGUUGGAGAAAAGGGGAUUUGGCGCGGCUUGGUGCUCGCCGAUCGGAGUGCAAGAUGGUGUGUUUGGGGCGAAUGGGAGUGUGUUUAA